AUGGAUGCCGCGUCAAUCAAGCUGUCUGGGUCGCCACAUGCGUCACGCGGCGAGGGACAUGAAGGCAAUGGCGGUUCUCAACCAAAGAGGAGAAAAGUACGAAAAGGGACGAGGAGCUGCUGGGAGUGCCGGCGACGGAAGAUGAAAUGCGUAUUCGGGUCGCCGGCAAACACCGCCUGCAUCAGCUGUAAGCGACGUGGUGCUAAAUGUGUUGACCAGCAGUUCCCCGAGCAGAUCUCAACACCUUUAGACCGUAGCCUUCAGAUGGGAGACCGAGUCGUGAGAGUUGAAGCACUUGUUGAGCAGUUACUCAACAAAGCCUCCAGUACCUCAGAUCCUUGCCCCGGGUCUACCACGACACAAGACAAUGGAAAGUCUCGUGAUGACAUUAUUAGCCCUACUACCAACAGCCCUGUGCUUUCGCAAUUGCAUAGUUGGUAUGAACAUUUGAAUCACGAUGAGACCGCUCAAUACGAAAUCUUGGACUGCGAUGGCAGCAGCAGACCUUUGCAUCGAAUACCUGAUGAAAAUCAUUCCAUUGGAAUAGAAAAACACCUGGCAUUAUCCAGCGUCCUAUAUGAAUCUUUACCUACACCACAAGACAUCGAGAUAAUCGCCAAAGCGCGAGGUGACUUGUCUUCUCGUUUUUAUCAAAUGUUGACUGUCCCGUACAAUGAUCUUGACCGGAGCGACUCUCAGCAGUUAGAUAGCCUACUUGAGCGGCCGGGAUCAAAUGCCCACCCUGUUCUGAUAGGGUUGUACAUGCUUAGGAUCGCUACCUUCUUACAACAUCUCCAUCCGGAUCUUCAUAGCAACAUUACAGGAUUAUCAGAACCUCCGCGUCAGAUGAUGAGCCGCCUGUUCAGCACCGCUAUCAGCCUCGUAACCAUGAACGAAAGUCUUAUCAGCAGCAUUGAAGGGCUGGAGUGUGUGAUGUUGGAGAGUUUGUGGUAUACAAAUGGCGGAAAUCUGCGCAAAGGCUUGGUUGCAAUUCGGAGGGCCAUGACCAUUGCGCAAUUGAUGGGGCUACAUCGCUCCUCCAUGAGCCCACCGCGGCGGUUAUUUGCGGAACGACAUCUUUGUCUCAUGCUGGGUCUACCUCAGAGUACUGUCGAUCAAAGCAUGGCUUCCAAGGAUAUGCUCGAAAACGAUACACCCAUGGGGCGUCUUGAUCGCAUGCACUGCGUUAUCGCAUCUCGUAUCCUCCAGCGCAACCAGUCCGACCCAAGCUCCCACGAUUUUGCAUUAAUGCUAGAAUUAGACGAAGAGUUACAGAAAGCGGCUGAAGAUUUGCCUAAAAGGUGGUGGCUUCACUCAAAUCUGGCAACCACCUUGGACGACCCUGAGACGCUUUUCUGGGAUAUGCGGCGGCUAUUCCAUCAGCUAUUCCACUACACUCUUCUCAACCAGCUCCAUCUUCCCUACAUGCUCCGCUCCUCAAUCAACGGACGCGACUACCAAUACUCACGGAUUACCUGCGUCAACGCCUCCCGAGAGGUUCUCUUGCGCUUUAUAACAUUCCGAAGCUCCGACCGUAUUGCUUUUUGGUGCCGGACACUGGAUUUCCUCUCCUUGAUGGCGGCUAUGACACUUUUGAUAGCACAUCUUGACGGGCACCGUCAAGCUUCCAUGUCUUCAUCACGCGCGCAGCUGCAGCAGGCAGCAAGGUCAGAGAACUUGCUGACGCACCAACGUCCCGGGGACCGUGCGAUGAUAGAACAGGUACAGGAGAGUAUGGAGGAAGUCAGCCGAAGAAACGAGGAUGCGCUAGGAGCACGGAGCGCAGAGCUACUCCGACGACUGCUGUCUAUUGAGGCCGAGGCAGCCGGAGGCCAUAGAAGAAGUGUGGACAGCGUAACUGUGCGGUUACCAGCGACUGUUGAAGAUCCAGCGGGUGAAGCAAAUGAAGAAAUGGCCAGCGUUGUGAGCGUCUACAUACCAUAUUUUGGUACCGUUAAGAUCGCUCAUGGAGGCAUCAUCUCCAAGGAGACGCCUACAGCGCAAACGCACCUCGCAGAUAGAGUUGAUCAAGGCCAGAUACAAGCUUCCCAAACAGAUUUUUCCGAUGACACCGUCGAAGUUUUAAAGGCUUGGAGUAACACUCCAGUCAAUAGAAACAGCAACAAUAGCCGACAAACAGAUACAGAUGUUCGAGUAGGAAAGCCCUCAGUAUUGGCUCCCUCUGCCGGGGAUUACAAUAAUGCUACACAAGAAAUCAGUAUAACAGAGGGCUUUCUACAACAAGAGGAAGAUCUCCUAUUUACCAAUGGGGCUGAUGACUGGGUCUACCAAAGCGUUGAUAUGGCCCGUUUUGAUACCUUAAUGAGAGAUGUGGGAGAUGACGCAGGUGAAAUACCGGAUAGAUGGGGGGAGCAGAACGUGCUCUAA